AUGUUUGGCCGUGCAGCGUUUCUUGUAUGGUGGACAGUGUCAAGUGUUGCAGCACUCGAAUUGGGUCAAAAAUGUCUUACUCCUGUUGGAGAACCGGGCGAGUGUAUCCCGUUCCGGGAGUGUCAACCGCUGAUCGAUAUCUACAAUAAGCCGGUGCCAACGCCGGAUGAUACCAGGUUCCUCACAGAGAGCCGUUGUGGAAUGUUGGAGCGGAAAACGUUGGUUUGCUGUACGGUGUCGAGUAAGAAAAGUUCACUGCCAGAAUCUCCACACUGUGGCUUGCAAGUGGCCGAUCGUGUUAUUGGUGGUCAACCAACGGAGAUUGAUGAAUUUCCGUGGACAGCAUUGAUCGAAUUUGAAAAGCCGGACGGAAGCUUCGGCUUUCACUGUGGAGGAUCACUUAUCAAUGAGCGCUAUAUUGUCACUGCUGCACACUGCAUCAAGUCGAUCCCUCGUGGCUGGAAGGUCCAUCGUGUGCGGCUUGGUGAGUGGGAUUUGACUACCGCUAACGACUGUCAGAAUGACUUCUGCUCGCAUGCACCGAUCGAUCUGGACGUAGAGCAGAUUGUCGUCCACAACAACUAUGAUCCGAAGGACCAGAGCAAUGCCAACGAUAUCGCGCUGAUUCGUUUCACCCGACAGGUGCGCUACUCCCAAACAGUACGCCCGAUCUGUCUACCGUGGAGCGCAUCGUUGCGCAGCCGCGAUCACGUUGGACAGCCCAGUUGGGCAGCCGGUUGGGGUAAAACGGAAACAGCUACGGCGAGUGAGAAAAAGCUAAAGGUUGCGAUGAACGUUACAAGCUUGCAAGAUUGUGCUCCUGCUUAUCGGCGGGGUGGAAUUUUGCUAAAAGCAACCCACAUGUGUGCCGGUGGUGUACGUGGUAAGGAUACGUGUAGCGGGGACUCAGGAGGUCCACUGAUGCGACAGAUUACUGGUGCGUGGUAUCUGAUCGGUGUGGUUAGCUUUGGACCCCAAAAGUGUGGCACUGCUGGUAUACCAGGCGUGUACACGAACGUGGCAGAUUUUGUCGAUUGGAUACAGGACAAUAUAUACUAGGAAAG